AGAUACAUUUGAGCUUUCUGUUUCUCCGUGUGUGUCUUUUUCAGUAGUAGCAGCUGUUCAUGCCAUUUCAGUAACAGGACCUUCAAAGGCAGUGGAAGCAAGAAAAGGACAGAGUGCCACCCUGCCAUGUACCUUUGAAAGUUCCUUUACUAAAGAGAAAUCAGAUUUUGUCUCUUGGCGGGGAAUAUCCCUGGGAAGCAAAUAUCAGGAAGAAUUUGCUAGGAGGACGUUUAAUGGUAUUGAAAACUUUACGCCAUCUUACAAAGGUCGUUUAAGCUUCUCUACCAAUUUAGAAAAUGGUGAUGCUGGAAUUACCCUUGAUCCGGUGACCAUGGAUGACAAUGGAACCUAUGAAUGCACAGUUCAGAUGAUGAAUGAUUUCCCCUCUCGAAGUGUCCAAAUAGAACUUUUGGUCCUUGUGUCUCCAUCCAAGACAGUGUGCAAAAUUGAUGGGACCCCAGAAUAUGGUCGAAAUAUUAACCUGACUUGCCAUUCUGCUGAAGGAUCCCCGGAGCCUCAAUAUACCUGGCAAAGUUACGAUUCACAGAACCAGAGCCGGCCACUUCAAGGAACAACCACAGGAGGAGGAGUCCUAAUGCUGAACAACAUCUCUGCAGACACCACUGGAUACUUUAUCUGCCUUUCCAAAAACACUGUUGGGGAGGAUAAAUGCAACAUCACGGUUGCUGUUCGUCCUCCAUCCAUGAACUUUGCUCUUUAUGCUGGAAUCAUUGGUGGGGUCCUUGCUGCUAUCAUUAUCAUAAGUGUCUUGAUUUAUUGUUGCUGCUGCAGGGAAUCAAAGAAUAAGGACUAUGAGGCAACGGAGACAGAAAAUAAGUUCCAACCUCAACAUGAGAGUAUUCGAAUCCGGGGACCCUCCAGAGAAGAGAUUCAGGAUGAAGAAGAGGAAAGGCCACACAUGUGAUUUGCGUUCCAGUUGUCUGGAAGCAAGCUCUUCCAAGAAAGGAAGAAAGGAAGAAAGGAAGGAAGGAAAAGUUGAUAUAUAGUGAAUAUUACUUUUUUAUAUGACUAAUGGGACUUUAAUAUAUGCAUUGGGACUGGGGUGAGGGUAGAGGAGGAGUAACCAUUAAAAAAUAGAGAAGAAGGAGGAAGAGGAGGAGGAGGAAGCACAAAGCUGAGUAAGAAAAGCUGAAAUAAAAGGUACACCAGUUCCCAUCUGCUCAUCUGCUCACUAGAAAUAGAAAAAAAAAAUCCUCUGUAACUGUUAUCCUGCAUCAUGGAUUCUAUGCAAAUUCUACAUGCAGCAGAUGAGAAUUCUUGAACACUGACAUCUUCUGCCAUAUUUGGAAAACAGAAGCAAAAUUAAACCCAUCUCAGUUUCUACUGAAUAUUUUUCCUGGGAUAUAAGGCAAAUAUAUAAAUUCUAUGACCUCACUGAUGAUUAAUUUAUUAUGCAACAUUUAUGCACUUAAUACUCAUUUGGUGGACAGGGGGCAGAUCAUAGUAGAUCUAUUAAGAGGACGCUUUCCCUCCCUAAUAUUCUAAUGAUGACGUCUAUGACUGGAAAGAUGCUGAUUUCCCCUGCCAUUAUUACUUUUGCUAUAUUUCACUACAUAACUGUCACAGGUAUCCAUUGAGCAAUAUGUGCCUCCAACUGCCUCCAUUAUUUUUUUUUUUUUUUUUUUUAAAUAGCUAUGCACUCUUCUAGUGCACUAAUACAAGCAACCACACAGCACUUGUUUAGAAAGGAAACUGUAGAUGCCUCUCCUGCUAUUCAGAAAUGUUUAAUUUUCUUUUUGUUUUUGUUUGUAAUUGCUUGCUGCUGGCAUUGCAUCAGGACUAGUGCAAUUAUGUUGCUAACAAUGUUUUUUUUUAAAAAGAAAUCAUAUGAAAAGAAACUUAAUUGCAGCUGGCUACAGAGCUCUGAAUAUAUGGUUUAUUAAUAAUUCUUCUAUGUAAUUUGCUAUGUUUAUUUUGGAAGUUGCAAUACUUUUUUAAAAAUUAAAAUGAGAUAUUUCAAUACUGCUAAGCGCUGCUGGCCACAGAACAGCCAAAUGGGAACAAAGUGCCUCGCCUAAUUAUUGCAUCAUCAUCUUUAUUUUGUUAGAGUGCAGGAUUCAGUGAAUAUUUUUUAUGGCACCAAAACUCUCACCAUGAAAGCAUGUAUGUUCAUCAGUGAUACCUUGUCUAAAAGGAAAAUAUUUAAAAAUGUAUGCAGUCUUUCAGAAUUAAUAUUCAAAUUAUGUUUGAAUGUUCCAUUCCCUUUUUCAGCUUGCUUUGCACUGAAAUACAAUUAAAAUAAUUUUGUUAGCCAAGCAGAAAGUUUACAGUCCCACUUUUAGGGGUAGAAAGAAUAGCAGGGCACUAGUGCUCAUAUGGCACUUCAAAUUACUUGAUGCCAUGAGACUGAAAUAGCAGCCAGAUACCAGCUGGAGUCAAUGCAACAGGCAGUUUUAAAGUUGGCAUAGUACCAUCCACUUCCUAUUAAUUCAAAAUUGAUCUUUUUCUCUCUGUCUACACAGCCCAUACAUGGGUUCCUGCAGGAGAACUGGCAAUUUUUUGCCCAUUUGGUUUGUCUGAGAUAUAAUAGGAACAGCCUCCUUUUCCUGUAUAUUCUCACAUACUGCUCUGAUAAAUGAAGGUUUUCCUAUGCUUGAGCCUCCCUUAGUCCUAUCGUCCCAAAUCUCUCUCUUCAGGCCCCUCCUCCCUCUGAAAUAUAAAUUGGAAGGAAGUGCCCUGAGUUGUCAUGCUUUCAGCAAUGGUUCUGCUAUCCAAUCAUCACAGAGGUAAUAUAUAGUCAUCAUGAUGAGGAGCUACUGAUUUCCUUAUUCCCAUAAAGUAUGUCCAGCAACAUGCAAAAAUGUAGAAUCAAGCUUACAAGCACUGUAUUCACUGUUUUUAAAAUUUUAACAUCCUUUUGUUCUAUUGUUUUCAUGAACAAAGGAUUAAAAAAUAUGGAGAGUGUAUCAAGUAAACCUCAAAAAAUGAUUCACCAAGAUAUUUUCUCAGACGUUCAGAGCAAGAAGCUCAUCUCUCCUUUUAAGAGAAACUAAAUAUAGCACAAGGAAAACUCUCAGUGUCUAUACCUUAAUAAUAGCCCAGAUUUCAUCUCCCCUAUUGUCACAAUAAUCUGCAGGGCAGACAGUGGUGGGAUAAUCCAAGACACAGGGAAAAUAAGGGGCUGGCUGAAUAGCACUGCAUUACAUUACCGGAUCAGCAGUUAACAUUGUUCUUCCCCUGAAAUAGACUUGUGUCAGGAGUGGAAUAUGUGGUGGGUGGAACUCCCAGCCUUCCUCCAGCUCACUGACCUGUUACCUGAGCUAUUUUUGGACAGACUUUUACCAGUCUUACAGAACACUGAUAGGCAAUUUUACAGUUCUUCCUGUCAAUUGGGCUGAAGAGGAAAUUGGCAGAACUCGUCAAGUUCUCCUCAGCUCUCAAUUAUCCCAAACUGGUGUGUGUUGCAAAGGAACAUUGGCAGCAAGUGGCUGUAGCUCCUGGAAGUAUGGACUACACAAAAUGUGUUAAAGUAGGCAAAGUGACACUGGCUCACUGCAUUUACAUGGCACUGGCUCAUUGCCUUUGUAGAAUGAGAGGCAGGGACAAGCAUGUGAAAGCAGUUACCACAUUAUUUGUUCACACUACCUAAAACUCUUUGGUAUUCACCAGUACAGAACUGGUGGUCCAAAGCAUUGGUGUUCUCAGGUAAAGCCAAGACCCAAGAAUGAUCAUGUUUACAUGGCAAGGUUCCUUCUGAAAAGGGACAGUCUGGUGGCCCAAGACAAAAUGCUUAUAGAGGGCAGCUAUCAAUGACUGGAAGGGAGGAGGCAUAUCCCCAACCUCAUAGCCUAGCCAAGGAGUUGGGGCAUUGCAUGCCAAAAAAUGAAAUGCCACAAACAGACCACAUAAACUGUGCCAGCAGAAGUUGGAAAAUAUCAUGUUUGAUUCAGAGCAAGGAAAGGCGGGUGAAAACUGCUGCCCUAGUGGGCUGCUGGAGGAUGACUUUAUGAGUCCUCAACAAAUGGCUAGUGGGUAUCUUUGUGCUGGGGCAAGGAGGAUCUGUGGAUGAAGUUGAAGUGGCUGUAUUAUAUCUGUAGCAUCUGAAAUGUAAUUUGUAUAUUUCUAUAAUUAAUACAUUAGAAUGACCUACCAGGUAGAAAAGAAAUUCUGAUACUUAAGGCAGAAUAUAACAUUAUUAAGCAAAUAAAUGGCAUGAUUUGCACAAUGAAAGAAUUAAAUCCUUGGCAAUGCUCUGUCAAUCAUGAGUAGAACACACAACUUCUUUUAGGAGAAAUCUGACUUUUGUUGCACUCAGUAGUGGUUUACCCCAACCUUUUCAUUUGCGUGCAAUCCAGAUCUGGCAAUGGAGCUUCUCUUUUCUGGAAGGCCUGGAAUGCAGAUUCAUCUGUCAUGAUGAGUAUAGGUAGCCACCAAUGUAUUACAAACCAAUUCUCUAGAUUUGCAGUUGAGAAAGGAUAAUAAAAUCAGAUUGCCAUUUCAAAUUACUUGUAUUUUUCCUAGUCCAUGGCAGCUUGUAGGAAUGCAGUUUGAUUUUUGGAACAAUGCAGCCUCCAAUGAGAUCCAAUUAACCUGGUUAUAGUAUCAUCUCUAGUCAUGCUCCCAUUUCAGAUUGCCUUUAAACAAUGGCCGAAAACUACAUUUGAAGCUCAUCAGAUCUGCAGAAAUGUAGAUUUAAAAAUAAAUUGUAUGGUUUUUCACGGUCAUGCAACCAUGUAAGUGUGCUGUGAAAAUAGUUUUAAAAAUGGUGGAAUUAUAGAACCAUAAAAUUGGAAGGGGCCAUUUAGGCCAUUGAGCUCAACCUCCUGCUCAGUGCAGGAAUCCAGUUAAAGAUCCCACACAGAUGAUUGUCUAGCCUCCUCCUGAACACAUCCCACCAUUCUCUCUCAGGAAAUGAUACCACUGUUGUUCUUACUAUUAGGAAAAUUUUCAUAAUAUUCAAUCAGAAACCACCUUCCUGUAAUUUAAAUCCAUUUUUACAUGUCCUGAACACUGUAAUGAAAGGAAAAUCUUGACCUUCUUAUAUGUGACAUCCAUAUGGGUAUUUGAAAAGUGUUAUCAUCCAUAUCCUUCCAAGAGUCAUUUUUUUCUUAAGGCUAAACAUAACCAACUUCUUCUGUCUUUAGAGGGCUUAGUUUGUCUCUUGAUCAUUUUCAUGGCUGUUCUCUGAAUCCUUCUUAAAGUGCAGUGUCAGUUAUUUUCAAGGUGCUUAUAAAUCAAUCUCUUUAUAUUUAGAUUCUUCCCAGGUAUCAACAUCACACUGACUGACUAUAGUCUGCUGAAGCCGCCUUCUUCCCCUUUUUGAAAAUAGAAAUGCUUGCUUUCCUAUCCAGACAUCUGCCACCUGUUUUCCAAUUUUUUUUUAAGAUAAUAUAUGGGUUGGACCAGACCAUCAGCCAGUCCCUUCAGUACUCUAGGAUCCAAUUUACAGUAUGUAGUUCUGACAGUUUAAACUCAAAGUACACAUUCCCUUGCUAUGUUUCUAUCAGUCUCAGGCUGAAUUCUGUCUUUCCAUUCUGCCUAUCACGCUUUUCUGGGUGUUUUGGGGGGGGGGGGGAGGUAUGGAGAGGAUU